CACGAUUUUUGUGAGUUUAGGUUAUUUGAAUAACCUAGGUGUUCGGAAUUGGGGUUUUUGGUCCUAGCGAGGUUAGGAAGAUGGGAGGUAGCCAGAAGGGCCCAUUGGGAUUCACCAUUCGGCUGCUACAAACGAAUUGUCAUUUGUCAUUGGCUUUCCUGUAUUGGUAAAACAUCUUACCGGUUUCUGCGACAUCCAGGAACUGAAUGGCGGAAGGUAGUGAAGGAACAUGCAUUGAUCGGUCGCAGGAUGUCUGUGAAACGCAAUCUCUAGAAACAAUAGUUGAACGUGUGGAGGAAGCGUUGACGAACUUUCAACGAAAUUUGGACAUUGCUUCCAAGGAUAUGAGCAUGAUUAGCGACCGGUCACGGAGGAUUCAAGUAAAAUUGAAGAAUAUGGAAGCUGCGCAAGCAAAGUUAGUUGGUGAAAUCGACAACUCAGUUGUCCCUCCUCCUCUCAUUCGCAGUAUCUGUUCCGGUGACAUGGACGCCCCAGAGUGGCUCUUGUCUCUAGAUCAAUUAUCAACGUUACUCGCAGCUGGUGCACAAAAUGAAAAGCAGGGGAAAUUUGUCGAAAUGCUCCGAGACAAAGCUAUAGAACGAAUUCGUAACUACAUUGUCGCAUCUAUCCGUGCUUUCCGACGAGCUCUCGUUGAUAUCAAUGGCUUACAGCAAGGUCAUUUCACUUCAAAAGCACCGUUCUAUGCAUUCUGUUUCCAAUACAACAAGGAACUGGCACUCGAGUUGCAACAGGCUUAUGUGAACACUAUGCGUUGGUGCUAUUCCUAUCAUUUGGAACAAUACUGCAAGUUUUUAGAGCAGCUUCACGUUCAAAAGGGAGAAAUUAUUAAAGUUGAAGACGAUAAACGGGGUUUCUUUUCUCUUACACGGACAUCUGCAUUAACUGUGCAGCAAAAUUUCUCUCUUGGUCUCCGUUCCAACGAGAAUUUAAAUUCAAUCAUUACAGUCGCUCAGCUACCCAGACUUAACACGCAACACAUUCAUUUGGAAAGGGUUUUUUCUUCUUUAGAAUUAGUACUUACGGAAAAUGCCAGCUCUGAGUACAGUUUUCUGAUGGAGUACUUCUCUCUCUCUGGUGAAGAGCGCACUACUGUGUUCAAUCAAAUCUUUGAGCCUGCUUUCUCUGUAUGUAAUCACUACCUUCAUGACCUUAUUCAUGCAUCUCAGGAUUGUUUGGGCGUUCUCAUUUGUAUUCGGUUUACCCAAGGACUUGCACUUGAAUCCCAGAAAAAACUUGUUCCGGUGUUGGAACCCCAUUUAAAUUCAAUGCUCUUGAUGCUUUGGCCACGAUUUCAAGCUAUCAUGGACUUGCAUUCGCAGUCAAUUCACAAGACUAGUCUUACGAUCAGGACUGAUGAUUCAAGUGUUCGACCACAUCCUCUUUCACAAAAGGUAGCCGAGUUAAUCCACAGUUUGUCUUCACUUUGUGCUCAAUCACGGGAAGACGAGCCAGUGGAACGAAGUGUGGCUCGUGUAGUUCAAGAAUUUGUUACAACUUUAACGAAAUUGAGCAACACGAUUUCAGAUCAACAUCAUAGAGCUCGAUUCCUUUCAAACAACUACACUUUGGUAUCUGCAGUACUAAGUGGAGCUCCAGGAAGACUCGCAGCUGAGCAGAAAAAGUAUUUUGAUGAGUUAGAUACUUCGACGACUAAUACGUCUACAUGAUAAUUAUAGUAUUCAUAUUUAUGCUUUAAUUCCUUUUUAUAACAAAAUUUACAACGAAUUAGCACAUAACCACAUAAAAAAGGGAAAAUAAACUACGUUUGAUGUUCUUUAACGAC